AUGAUGAAUUCUCUUACUAAAAAUCAAUUGAAAACAAAUAGAAAAAUACCGAAUAAAUCUAUUCAACGAAAUACAACCAAGAAAUCAAACAAUCUAAUACAAUCAUCAAUGCAACAUGACAUAUUUCGACGUGAAAUUCAAUGUCCACGUCGUAUCUUCACUAAUUUUGUUAUCAAUCCUUAUCAUCUUAAGCAAUAUUUCUAUACACCAAAAGUAAAUGAAUAUGAACCGGAUGAAUAUAUAUUUAAAGAUGAUGAACGUCUUCAUUCAAUUAUUCAACGUGCAUCUAUGCCUCCAAAUAAACUUUAUAAUUUUCCACAAACAACUACACAAGAAAUUGGUUGGUUUAGUUCUCAUCGUCUUUUGAACAUCGAUCAAACUGACAGACGUUUUUAUAAACCUAUACAAAAUGGUGACUUUACUAAAUAUGAAAAUCAAAGAAUUAAAUAUCAAACAUUAUUAAAAACUAAAAAUACACGUGUACAAUUAGCACAAAAGAAAAAUUCGAUUUAA